AUGUUCAAGAAGAAGGAAGAAGGCGAAUCCGCGCAAGACGCCCCAGAGAGUUCGCAGACCGGUCUCCUCAAACGUCAUCUGCGCGAGACGGUCGGCGAGGUAGUGCGCAUUCCUCCCGCCACUCGCUCCCUCAUGACGCGUCUGGCGCUCGUCUACUACCGCGCUGCAGUGUCCGACGAGCGCUCUGCCCUCACCACCGCCGUGCUGGCGGAGAGCAAGCGGCGCGUGUAUCCGCAGUACGCCUUCCGCCGCAGCGAGCGACUCUUUGAAAGCCGAGAGCAUCUCAUUGCGCUGCAGCGCGCCGCCAGUGUCGAGGCGGAGGUGGAGGGUCUGCUGGAGCAGGACGGCAGCAAAGAGGCGUUUGAACGCGUCAAGACGCUCUUCGAGUCGGUGUAUGAAGAGUGGAAGAUGCACGUCCGAGACGUCGAAGCCUCCAGCGCCGGCUGCGAUCAGAGACAGUUCUACUUCCGCAAUCGAUUCCACCCAGGCUGGCCUCUGACGCGCGUAGUCUUCAAGGGCGCCACUGCCCUGGCACACUUCAAGCUGUACAAGCGCGAGGAAGAAGUGCUGCGUGCGCUUCUUGCACAACGAGCCUUUCGACGAGGGCGGCGCGGCGAGUGGUACGAUCGACUGGCGCUCAUCCUGGGCGCAUACUCGGAGCGACCUGACAAGGGCAAGGCGAGAGCGCUCGAGGUGGCAGUGCAAGGCAUCGAGGAUCCAGACACGCAUCUCAUCUAUCAAGACACGCUGCAGCGUCGCAUCGUCCGGCUGGAGUCGCAGCUGCGCAUCGCCUUCUCGCGCAAGCACGACUUUUCCUACGCCAAGCUCGCCACGUGUCGCGAGCGCAUCUUUCGAGGCACGAGACUGGACGCCAUGGCGCCGCCGCCUGCGCCGCCGAAACGAGGACCGUGGGGCAAUUCGUCUCCCUCGCCUUCUCCCGGCGCCGUCGACUCUACGAAUGAGCGGCGCGCAUUGCGCAAGCUCGUGCAGGUGGAGCGUGGACCCUCGCCCGUGAGCCCGGCGCGCCGACCGUUCAAGAUGGAGAAGGCCGUGUCGGACCCCAUGCUGCUCUCGGCGCGCGGCAGCACCGCCGCAAACGGCAGCGCCUACGUGCUGGAGGAGAGAAGGAGCAUGGCAACGGUCUGGGAGGGCCUCGACGGCAAGUCCUGUCGCGUAGAGGAUUAUGUGCUGCAGUGCUAUGCGGAGGAGGGCUUUACCGGCUUCCACUGCGAAGGCGGAGUGCUGCGCAUGAUCUUUGCGCUCGUCAUGUGGGAUGUCCUCUACGCGCCCGUCGACGGUGCAUUCGAGACGCCGUUCCAAUCCGCGCCGCUUGAUCUGGGCGAGGAUUCCUUUGCCAUAACACGCGCUCCGCAGAUCCGAGAGCGUCUGGCGCUCAUUGAAGAGACGGGUGGGCUAGCGCUCAUUCGUGAAGCAGACGAACGAGAGCGUCCGCGCCGCUCGUUCGCCAUUGGCUGUCGCUGGGAUCUCUACACGCAGCAAGACCUCCUGGAGAUUGCCGAGUGCAUGGGAGGCAAGGCGAUUGCGACAGUCUGCCAGAUGUUUGCAGAGGAGUUCAUCGCCGGCGGCUUGCCCGACCUGGUCGUGUGGCGCAUGAGCGACAAGACGGUGCGCUUCUGCGAAGUCAAGGGGCCGGGUGACUCGCUGCGCGCCAAACAGAAGAUCUGGAUCGACGUGCUCCUGCGCGCCGGCCUGCAGGUCGAGGUCAGCCUGGUGCGUGAGGGCGUGCGCAAGCGCAAGGCCGAGGCCGAGCAGGAGUAA